AGCUACUGGACCUACAGUGACUCUCGACUCCGCGACAUUCACUGGUGUGACCUCCGGGAAUGUUAACAAGUUCCUAGGCAUUCCCUUCGCACAACCUCCAACCGGAAACCUUCGUUUUAAUCUCCCCCAGCCGAUCCCAUCCUACAAUGGUGACGUCAUUCGGCAAUGAAUGUCCUCAGCAGGCUAUCACCUUGCCGCUUGUAAGCGGUCUCGUGGCGAAUGAGACGAACUACAUAAUCAAUUCCAUCUACCGCGCCGUCACUGGCCCAGUCAGUGAAGAUUGUCUGAACUUGAACGUCUGGGUCCCUGCAACCGCGACGCCUAGCUCCAAGCUGCCUGUCGCAGUGUGGAUCUUCGGAGGUGGUUUUGAGCUUGGAGGAACGUCUCUGUAUGAUGGUGGCGUAAUAGCUCAGAAGUCGAUAGACCUGGGUCAGCCAACCAUUGUAGUCAGCAUGAACUACCGCGUCUCAGCUUGGGGAUUUUUGGCGAGCUCUGAAGUCAAAGCCGCUGGAGUCGGUAACCUCGGAUUACAAGACCAGAGGGAAGCUUUGCGCUGGAUUCAGAAAUACAUAUCUGCAUUCGGCGGUGAUCCCAGCAAAGUUACUAUCUGGGGCGAGAGUGCCGGUGCCAUAUCAGUCGCGCUGCACAUGCUUACCAAUGGAGGAAAUACGGAAGGUCUAUUCCGCGGUGCAUUUAUGCAGUCAGGUUCGCCGAUACCCGUCGGGGACAUUUCUCACGGCCAGACUUAUUACGAUUCGAUCGUGGCGGCCACGGGAUGCCUGGGCGCGUCUGAUACGCUGCAAUGUUUAAGAGGUGUCCCUGAGGAUACGCUGCAGAAGGCCGUCGACGCAACUCCCAACAUAUUCUCGUAUCAAUCUCUCAGAUUAGCUUACCUUCCCCGGGUGGACGGCGUCUUCUUGACUGAUACCCCUCAGAACCUGGUGCUCAAAGGAAGCGUGGCUAAUAUCCCGUUUGUCACCGGUGAUUGCGAUGACGAGGGCACACUAUUUUCGCUCACUAACCUGAACGUGACAACCGACUCAGAAUUGUUCACCUACAUCCACGAGAACUACAUCCCGGCGGCGACAACUGCAGAAGUAAACGAAGUAUUGUCCAUCUACCCGGCAAAUCCGGCUUCAGGGUCACCCUACGAUACCGGCAUUUUCAAUGCAUUGACCCCGCAAUAUAAGCGACUUGCUUCUAUGCAAGGAGAUCUUGUCUUCCAGGCGCCCCGUCGAUUCUUUUUGCAACAACGUUCGGGCUCUCAGCCCACUUGGAGCUUCCUGAGCAAACGUCUCAAGGCGUUCCCAGCCCUCGGAUCGGCUCAUGGCACAGAUAUCCUCGACGUAUUUGGUGACCAGGAACUUACCACGUACCUUGUUCAGUUCGCGAACAACCUCAAUCCGAAUGGCGCCGCCGGUCUGUUGCAAUGGCCACAAUACACUACAUCGUCUCCUCAACUCCUGACCCUCCAAGAUGGGCUGGUGCCACUGACAAUCACGCAGGACACUUACAGGGCUGAGGGCUUCGAUUACCUCACCAAUUUAUCCCUUAAAUACCCUCUUUGA